AAAUAGUUUUUAAAGUAAUGAUUAUGAGGUCAUCCCCUCCCCCCGGGAUAUACCGGUUUGGUACAGUCCGAUGUUAAGCUGCGCGGGACGAGAGAGCGCGCGUGCUGCUUCCCAGGUCUGUGCUGCAGAAAUAAAACGCAGCAGCAGUGGUCUUCACCAUGGCUCGAGAUUAUAAAGCUGGAGACCUGAUCUUCGCUAAGAUGAAGGGUUAUCCCCACUGGCCUGCUCGGAUCGAUGACGUGCCGGACGGAGCGGUGAAGCCCCCCAACGCUAAAUUCCCCAUUUUCUUCUUCGGAACACAUGAAACUGCGUUUCUCGGUCCGAAAGAUAUUUUCCCGUAUUUACCCAACAAAGAGAAAUACGGAAAACUGAACAAGAGGAAGGGCUUUAAUGAAGGAUUAUGGGAAAUCGAGAACAACCCUACAGUGGAGCUGAAUGGACAGAAGGUGAUGGCGAUGGAAGCAGGUUCGGAUAAAGAGUCAGACUGCAGCCCCGAGGAGGACGAGGGGGGAAAUGAGAAGAGUGGGGAGAAGAAGAGAAAGAAGUCAACCAAAGUGGCUGGAGAUGAUGAUGAUGAGGAUGAUGAUGAGGAGGAGGAGGAGGAGGAGGAAGGUGAUGGCAUGGAGGUGGCUCUAGUGGAGGAAGAUUCAUCUCCCAAAGACUCCUCAGAUACUGCAAAAGCUAAAAGAGUCUGGAAGAACAAGGCUGAAACUGAGCAGGACUCGGAGGAAGAGGGCGGAGCUUUGAGUCACACGUCCAGCCCCACAGCCGCUGAGUUAACAACUCCAAAACGAAGAGGCAGGAAACCCAACUCGGAAAAACUGUUUAUACUUCAACAACAGGCCUCACAUGGAGAUGUUGGUGAAGAUGUAGAUAAAAAGCGUAAGAGAGCCGCAGAUGAUAAGAUCAGAAUCUCAGACGGAGAGGAGGAGCGAAGAGCAGAGGGAAAGAAGAAAAAAGAAAAAGAUGAGAGUAAAGGAGGGAAGAAAGAGACAGAGGCCAAGAAGAAGCGCAGUGCCAAAGAGGAGAGUUCAUCAGAGUCUGAUGAGGACGGGAAGCGAAACCGCAAACGAGCAAAACAAACAGACGCAGAAAAAGAGGUGCGGCGUAAACCAGACGAAAUAAACGAGUUGGGCAAAGAGGAGGGGAAGAAAGAAGAAAGGAAAGAAGAGAAGAAAAGGGACGUCUCCACCGAGUCUCGGCUGCAGAGAUUACACGGCGAGAUUAAAAUCUCACUGAAGAUCCACAACCCGGAUGUGAAGAAGUGUCUGGUGGCUCUGGAUGAACUCGGCUCACUUCAGCUCACCACUCAGCACCUACAGAAACACUGUGAACUCAUUGCCACGCUCAAGAAGAUCCGCAGGUUCAAGGCGAGCCAGGACGUGAUGGACAAGGCCACCAUGCUGUAUAAUAAAUAUAAGACCAUGUUUCUGGUGGGUGAAGGAGAGACGCUGAUCAGUCAGGUGAUCAAUAAAUCUCUGGCCGAGCAGCGGCAGUUUGAAGACGCCAAGAAGGGGGCACUAAAGAGAGCCGAGCAGAGCAAAGAACCCGGAGCAGAUAGCAGAGCUGUGAAUGGAAACUCCAGCCCUGAAGAUAAAACCACAGAGACUGAAAGAGAAAGAACCGAGGAAACUGCAGCAGCAGAGCAGAACAGUGUAACCAAUCCAGCAGAAGAAUCAGCCUGACCAUGAUGAUGACGAACGGUGACGAUGCACCACGUGUGUCUGUCUGUGUGUCUGUGUGUGUCUGUCUGUCUUUCACCUCAUCUUUCAUUUUCUAAAGUAAAAAAGUUUACAGUUUCGUCCUCGAGACUCCGCCCCUUGUUUUGGUGUUUCCCAUUAGAAUUCCGGAUUUUUGCGAAAAUUUUUAUUUCAAUGCUUUUAGUCCUGGUUUUAGCUCCGCCCCCUGAACCACUUUUGAGCAUCUCCGGAAUUUCCCUUAGCUGCUAUAGAAACGCUAAAUUCUUCCCCACACACACACACACACACACACAGGUUUACAUUGCUCUUUACAGUGGUUUACAGUCUUGUUUUGACCGGCCUGAUUGUGUGUGUGUGUUUCUUUAUGAAUAAGAGGUUUAUUUUUUUACUGAACUACUUUUUCUCUGUCUCUCGUCUGUCUCUCUGUGUGUGUCUGUCUCAUGGCGUGAGUGUAAAUAAGAGGACUGUAUUUUUGUCUUGUUCUGAAAACUUUAAAGCUUUUGAUAAUAAAGUAGUGCUUUUGCUUAAUAAAACA